AUGGAACAAAAUUUAGAUGAAAAGAUGCAUGCCAUCGAUCUAAAAUAAAAAGAUAAAUUUCCACUCACGAAUUAGAUAUCUUAGGAUUUUGAAGAUGAUACACACAUAUAUAGAAUAAUAAGACUGGGAAAAGAGUCUGUGAGACUCAUGCAGGAGUUUAAAUGGGAAAGUAACAUUUUUAUAAUUCAUUUCUAGAAAAGCUUCUCAAAGAAGAAGAAUGGAGACGACUGAGAGUGUAUUAACGUCGAGGAUGGUUACAUUAUGCUAUCUUUGAGAAGGAACCAUACGUGUUGUUGUUUAAAAGAAAGAUUACCAAAAAUAAGAGAUCCUGA